GCUGGGUGCGGGUCUGGCCUUGCCAGCCCAGUUAAAGACCAGCGGCCCGGAGGCGCCCUCCCGCGCGGCCCCUCUGCGUUCCUCCCUGCCCAGCCCAUUAGAAUUCACUCCUGGAGCUUUAAGGGGUGGGCUCUGCUCACUACGUGCCUUCGUGCGUCAUUCUCGUGCGCCCUGAGCCUCGGUCGUGGUCCACGUGGGUUCGGUGGAUAAACCCGGGCUGGGGAUCAUGGCGGGAACCGAGACUGGGGACGCUGCAGCAGGAGCCGAGGCCCCUCAGCCUCAGAAGCGCUACUAUCGGCAGCGGGCUCACUCCAACCCCAUGGCGGACCAUACGCUGCGCUACCCUGUGAAGCCAGAGGACAUGGAUUGGUCUGAGCUAUACCCAGAGUUCUUUGCUCCACUGACUCAAAAUCAGAGCCACGAUGACCCAAAAGAUAAGAAAGAAAAGAGAGCUGAAGCCCAAGUGGAGUUUGCAGACAUAGGCUGUGGCUAUGGCGGCCUGUUAGUGGAACUGUCACCGCUGUUCCCAGACACGCUGAUUCUGGGUCUGGAGAUCCGGGUGAAAGUCUCAGAUUAUGUGCAAGACCGGAUUCGGGCCCUACGAGCGGCUCCUGGAGGUGGUUUCCAGAACAUCGCCUGUCUCCGUAGCAAUGCCAUGAAACACCUUCCUAACUUCUUCCGCAAGGGCCAGCUGACAAAGAUGUUCUUCCUCUUCCCUGACCCACAUUUCAAGCGGACAAAGCACAAGUGGCGAAUCAUCAGUCCCACGCUGCUGGCAGAAUAUGCCUACGUGCUGAGGGUCGGGGGGCUGGUAUAUACCAUAACUGAUGUGCUGGAGCUACAUGACUGGAUGUGCACCCAUUUUGAAGGGCACCCCCUGUUUGAGCGCGUGCCUCUGGAGGAGCUGAGUGAAGAUCCCAUUGUGGGACAUCUGGGCACCUCGACCGAGGAGGGAAAGAAAGUUCUACGCAAUGGAGGAAAGAAUUUCCCAGCUAUCUUCCGAAGAAUACAGGAUCCCACCCUCUAGGCAGUGACCCCCAAUCCUACCCUUCCUGAUCACUGACUUUGCCUUUGCUGACUUUGCCUUAGUUGGACCCCAUCUUCCAGGGACUGGAAAGAAGACUGGGCCCUUGGACCUUCCGAGCUGAGCCUGCUAGGGCUGAGCGGCAACAGUCUCUCAAAGAAGUUGAGGAGCUGCCCAGGGCAGAACCCUGGAGUUCAUGACCACCCCUGACUCCUCUCACCUUCUUACCCUUCCAGUGGCAGCAGAAAGCAAAAGCAGCUGACUGGGAAGGUCAAAAGACCUUGGACCAGAAGGGAUCUUUGGAAGGGAGUGGAAUCUUGCUCUCCCUUAGCAGUCCCUUCUCCUGGGAUUUCUCCUUCUCAGCUGGAGUGAAGAACGCAGUUCUCCACUGUCCAUCUAAACUGCCUUCUAAGCUCAAA